AUGGAGGGUGUUUUGGGUAGUGGUGGUGGAGGUGGAGGUUCAGCUGGUGGGUCUUUGAUUAUGUCAACGCUGUCUAAAGAAGACAACUUGGCCAUGUCUUCUGAGGACUCUUCUAGCCCAGAUGAGUCUGAGCUUGAGCUCUGUCUUGGGUUGAGCCUUGGUGGAGGUGGUGGUGGUUGUUUAGGGAAGGCCCAACAAGGCCCAAGGGGUCAAUAUGCUAGGAUCUUGACUGCUAAAGAUUUUCCUUCUGUGCGUUCAUCUUUGUCUUCAUCAUCAGCUUCUUCGUCCUCCUCAUCUUCUUCUUCAUUGAGCAGUGCUAAUGUCACAGCUGGGACCAAGAGAAGUGCUGAUUCUGUGGCAGCUGCUAAUGGUGCCAGCAGUCAGGUUGUGGGAUGGCCUCCAAUCAGAACUUAUAGAAUGAAUAGUUUGGUUACCCAAGCGAAAUCUUCAUCCACUGAAGUAUUUAACUCAGUAGAUGAGAAAAGUGAAUGCAAGCAUACUGCAGGGAAGGCAAACAGUGGAAAUGCCAAGGAGAAAGGGCACCUGAGGGGCUCCCUAUUUGUGAAGGUGAAUAUGGAUGGAACUCCAAUUGGGCGGAAGGUUAAUCUAAGUGCACAGAGUUGCUAUGAAGCUCUAGCACAAACAUUGGAAGAUAUGUUCGAUGGACCCUCUAUGCAUCUGAACUCAAUACGUUCAGGUGGUCAGGAGGAGCAUGGUAUAAUGGCAGGAGCAACUAGACCGUCAAAGUUGCUGGAUGGAUCAUUUGAGUUUGUGCUCACUUAUGAAGACAAAGAUGGAGACUGGAUGCUUGUUGGAGAUGUUCCUUGGGGGAUGUUUCUUGGUACUGUGAAGAGGUUAAGAAUUAUGAGGACAUCUGAGGCUAAUGGGCUUGCUCCAAGGCUACAGGAAAAGAAUGUGAGGCAAAGAUGCCAGCCGAUAUAG